AAUUGUGGCAGUUCCAAAACAUCCUUGUCUAUGAUCAACAAUGAUUAACGAAGAAUUUCGUAAAUCGAAAAUCGCAUGACACUGAAUAAUGUAUCCUAAUUUCCGAAUGAAAGUCAUAAACGAUCCCUUCGUCGUUUGCUGAAAAAUGUAGGGACGCGAUCGUUUCACGAGGGGAAUCGCUCGUAGUCUUGCAAUGUGGAAAACAACCUGCGAAGCUGGUUUGAAAAGUAAAACGAGGCAUUAACUUUCUCUUUAAUGUACUGCAAACGUUUAACCGCGGCAAAGUGUUCGCUGCACUUUCACUGACACCGGUUACGUUGCACAGCGUUAUUUUACAACAUUGUUCACGACAAACGCAGGAUCAGGAUUUCAAGUUACGGUGCGGAGACAGAGAGAAAGACUGCGAACGAUCACGUAUUUGACAGUAGUAAAUUGUAUCUGUUUGUCGAUUGUUAAUCUCAUACGUCGCAUCAUGUUUUUUUGGAAAUCUAUAAAUUUGCAUGGAUCUCUGAGACAAUUGCAUACUUCAAAAGUUUUACAUAAGGCUGUCAUAUUAAAUGGCAAGAAGAUAGCUAAUGAGAUUCAAACUGAACUGAAAAGAACUGUUGACGAUUGGAUAAACGAGUGUAAGAAGAGACCUAAAUUGGUAGCUAUAAUUGUUGGUAACGAUCCAGCUAGCAAAGUAUAUAUACAAAGAAAAAUGAAAGCUGCAAGUUUCAUUGGAAUUGAAAGUUAUACCGUUCACUUGGAAGAAAGUAAAACGCAACAAGAUCUCAUUAAAGAGAUUAAUGUACUGAACAACGAUGAUACCGUGGAUGGAAUUCUCGUUCAAUUACCAUUGACGAAACAUAUGAACGAACAAGAAGUAUGCCAGGCAAUAGUGCCAAGCAAAGAUGUCGAUGGCUUUCAUCUAGAAAAUUUAGGUAGUUUAGCACUGAGUAGGAGCGGAAUCGUCCCUGCAACGGCUUUAGCUGUAAAAGAAUUAAUAAUUAGGAGUAACGUUGAAACGUUUGGGAAGAACGCAGUCGUAGUGGGAAGAUCUAAACACGUCGGUUUACCUGUCGCAUUGCUCUUACACGCUGAUAGCAAAGAUAGAAAAGAUGCAUUAGACAUGACUACGGUCAUCUGCCAUCGCCAUACUCCCCAUACCGAGUUAGAGAGAUUUACAAAAUUGGCUGAUAUCGUAGUCGCCGCGGCAGGCAUUCCUGGUUUAAUCACCAAAGAGAUGAUAAAACCUGGGGCAUGUGUAAUCGACGUAGGAAUUACGAGAGUAAAAGUGGGUGACAAGUAUAAAUUAAUGGGCGACGUCGAUUUUGAAAAUGUUCAAGAAAUCGCUGGGCAUAUAACCCCGGUACCAGGUGGCGUGGGUCCUAUGACUGUAGCGAUGCUAAUGAGAAACACAGUAUCAGCAGCGAAGACGAACUUUGAAAACUUGAAACGCUUCAAUAUCUGCAAGCGUGAGACUUCGUUUCACUACUAGGAUAAUCGAUCGAACAGUACGAACGAUACUGUUUACAGGAAAACAUAUGUGACGUCUAAUCAGUCAGAGCAUUUCUUGCAUCGCAUACGUACAGUAUUGCACAGUAUCACACAUUUUUUAGACGAUGCUGUUUCAAUGUGACACUUUUAGCAAGUGUAGUACAUAUACAUCACUACUACUCAUUUACUCGGCUCACCGCUUCACGUACAUACCAGCAAAUUUUUUACUCAGAAGUUCGAUUAAUAAAAAAAAUGUUGAAACUUAA